AGUCCCAGCUUUGUGAUGACUGCCAUCAGACAGAUCUAUGAAGCUUGUGCCAGUCACUUUAUACCCAGUUUACUGAGGUCUCUGGAUCAUGUGAUCAACCUGACCUGCAGAGAGAUGGACUCGGCCGACUGGGAUGCUCUGCUGUUUAUCCUGAAACACGGUGACAGCGUCAAACUGAACCUCCUGUGGACCUCCAUACCAGCAGAGCAAAUAAAGUUCUUGGUCUUCACACUGGACAGAGUGUCUCAACUCAGUGUUGACAAGGAUGUACUGCUGAAGUUGGUCCACUACUGUGCUGCCUAUGACGCCCAGCAGGGGGCGGCAGUCAGCCUGCUCAGGACUCUGCAGCACUGUCUGGAUCUGUCCUGCUCCUCCUGUGUGGACCUGGUUCAGAGGGAGCCUCUCCGUCUGUCCGCUAAUGACUGCAGGGACAUCUCCACCAUCCUGACACACAGCUGCCAGGACACACGACUCAUCCUGCAGGACUGUGAGGUGGAGGACAGUGGAUUGGACCUGCUGUUUCCUGUCCUGGACAGAGUCCGCCUCCAAGCCAGUAAAGCCAUCCUCCUGCAGCUGAUGUCCUUGAUCCCUUCGUACAGUGAGAGGGACAGAGUGAGACGGGCAGUGUCCCUCUGUAGAGCCCUGGCUGGAGAGCUGGACCUCAGUCACACCACAUUGCCUCAGAGUGCCUUUGUGGCUUUGGUCCUGAUGCUGGAUGGGUGUGAAGAGCUGGUGGAGCUGGACCUCAGUCACUGUCAGCUCACCGACCAGCUGCUGGACACACUCAGCCCACAUCUGCACAAAGUCCAAGUCCUGGAUCUGAGUCACAAUAACAUCACUGAUGCCUCAACUGACCAGUUAAUUAAACUGGUUUCCAGCAACCCUUUCAUUCGCACUGUGAGAAUCUUCAGCAACAAGAUUUUGGACCGAGCGUCCUUUAAGAAACACCGGCAGUUUGAAAUAUGGUGAAGCGGUCGUCAGUGUGCUGGUCAUGUGCUCCUCAGGGAUAAAUGUUUACAACAAAUAUUACAAUAUUACUGCCAUGUAGGUAGUAUUAUGGAGGUACUUUAGUCUUUUACGGUGAAAACCCUGUGAUGACAACGGUUAUUUCCGUUUCCUUUCCAAACAAAUACAGUUGUAUUUAUGUUAACUUAAUUUUUUUAAACUUUGCAAAAACUGUAUUUAAGGAUUUAAGUC